GCACUGCAGGAACCCUGCGGGGCCUCAGUGACGCUGCGGCAGCCUCCCGCCCGGUCCGAUCGCUGCGGGUGCGGGAGUACCUUCGUGCAAUAGGAAGCACAGCUGGUUGCAAGCUUCCUGUCGGACUCCAGCUCCCCCAGCCCGCGCACUCUUCCCGGUUGCAUUGCUCGGACACCUCCUGGGGGUCCCUACCUGUGGCCCGACCCCCACCCCGAACCCCCUACCCCGCAGCAGCCAUGCCUCUAAGCCGCACUUUGUCCAUGUCCUCGCUACCGGGACUGGAAGAGUGGGAGGAUGAGUUCGACCUGGAGAACACGGUGCUCUUCGAAGUGGCCUGGGAGGUGGCCAACAAGGUGGGUGGCAUCUACACAGUGCUGCAGACGAAGGCCAAAGUGACAGGCGAUGAGUGGGGUGACAACUACUACCUGGUGGGCCCUUACACGGAGCAGGGCGUGCGGACCCAGGUGGAGCUGCUGGAGCCCCCGACCCCGGCUCUCAAGAGGACAUUGGACUCCAUGAACAGCAAGGGCUGCAAGGUGUAUUUCGGGCGCUGGCUGAUAGAGGGGGGCCCUCUGGUGGUGCUCCUAGACGUGGGGGCCUCCGCCUGGGCUCUAGAGCGCUGGAAGGGGGAGCUGUGGGACAUCUGCAACAUCGGGGUGCCCUGGUACGACCGCGAGGCCAACGACGCCGUCCUCUUCGGCUUCCUCACCACGUGGUUCCUGGGGGAGUUCCUGGCCCAGAAUGAAGAGAAGCCACACAUAGUGGCGCACUUCCAUGAGUGGUUGGCAGGCAUCGGGCUGUGCCUGUGCCGCGCCCGGCGGCUGCCUGUAGCCACCAUCUUCACCACUCAUGCCACCCUGCUGGGGCGUUACCUGUGUGCCGGUGCCGUGGACUUCUACAACAACCUGGAGAAUUUUAACGUGGACAAGGAAGCCGGGGAGAGACAGAUAUAUCACCGUUACUGCAUGGAGCGGGCCGCGGCCCACUGCGCACAUGUCUUUACAACGGUGUCCCAGAUCACCGCCAUCGAGGCCCAGCACCUCCUGAAGAGGAAGCCAGAUAUUGUGACCCCCAAUGGCCUGAACGUGAAGAAGUUCUCGGCCAUGCACGAGUUCCAGAACCUUCACGCCCAGAGCAAGGCUCGGAUCCAGGAGUUUGUGCGUGGUCAUUUCUAUGGUCACCUGGACUUCAACUUGGACAAGACCUUGUACUUCUUCAUUGCCGGCCGCUAUGAGUUCUCCAAUAAGGGGGCCGACAUCUUCCUGGAGGCCCUGGCCCGGCUCAACUAUCUGCUCCGCGUGAACGGCAGUGAACAGACCGUGGUGGCCUUCUUCAUCAUGCCGGCUCGGACCAACAACUUCAAUGUGGAGACACUGAAGGGCCAGGCCGUGCGCAAGCAGCUUUGGGACACGGCCAACACCGUGAAGGAGAAGUUUGGAAGGAAGCUCUAUGAAUCUUUGCUGGUGGGCAGCCUUCCCGACAUGAACAAGAUGCUAGACAAGGAAGACUUCACCAUGAUGAAGAGGGCCAUCUUUGCCACACAGCGGCAGUCCUUUCCCCCAGUGUGCACCCACAACAUGCUGGAUGACUCCUCGGACCCCAUUCUCACCACCAUCCGCCGCAUCGGCCUCUUCAACAGCAGUGCUGACAGGGUCAAGGUGAUUUUCCAUCCGGAGUUCCUCUCCUCCACAAGCCCGCUGCUCCCUGUGGACUAUGAGGAGUUUGUCCGCGGCUGUCACCUUGGGGUCUUCCCUUCCUACUAUGAGCCUUGGGGGUACACACCAGCGGAGUGCACCGUGAUGGGUAUCCCCAGCAUCUCCACCAACCUCUCCGGCUUCGGCUGCUUCAUGGAGGAGCACAUCGCAGACCCUUCUGCCUACGGCAUCUACAUCCUGGACCGGCGCUUCCGCAGCCUGGAUGACUCUUGCUCGCAGCUCACCUCCUUCCUCUACAGCUUCUGCCAGCAGAGCCGGCGGCAGCGCAUCAUUCAGCGCAACCGCACUGAGCGCCUCUCUGACCUGCUGGACUGGAAGUACUUAGGCCGGUACUACAUGUCUGCUCGCCACAUGGCCCUGGCCAAGGCCUUUCCAGACCACUUCACCUACGAGCCCCACGAGGCGGAUGCGACCCAGGGCUACCGUUACCCACGGCCGGCCUCAGUGCCUCCGUCACCCUCCCUGUCCCGCCAUUCAAGCCCACACCAGAGCGAGGAUGAGGAGGAGCCUCGGGAUGGGCUCCCUGGGGAAGACGGGGAGCGCUAUGAUGAGGACGAAGAGGCUGCCAAGGACCGUCGCAACAUCCGCGCCCCAGAGUGGCCGCGCCGAGCCUCCUGCACGUCGUCCAGUGGUGGCAGCAAGCGCAGCAACUCGGCGGACAGCAGUGCUCUUAGCACUCCCAGCGAGCCCCUGAGCCCUGCCAGCUCGCUGGGCGAGGAGCGCAACUGAGCCCCGCGCAGCCACCCCGGCCCAGGCACCUAUGCACUGUGGGGCUGCAUGUGGAGGGGCGUUAUGGCGGCCUCAGACUCCGCCACACUCCAUGCCAGCCCAUGCCCAGCCCCAGCCCCCACUCCCACACACACUCCACAAUCCCAAACUCCGUGCCUUUCUUGGGGUUCAGAAAGUUUACUCUGUACCCUGGAGCUGCCCAGGGCCUGGCUGAACCCCAAAUCUGCCAUUUAGGGGACUUCUUGGCUGAGGAUGCCAGAGAUGGAAAUGAACCAGGGCCUUCCUGGCGGUCACUCCUGCGUUGGCCGGGAACCACGUGGUGUCCUGCAGCGGGACACCUUCAGGGACUGCCUGUGCACCCAGGCUCAGGGUCCGCUUCCUCCUAGGGCAUGUGUCCAGUUCUACAGGAGGAUUGCUCCCCUAUGCACACACACCUGCUCCCGUGGCCCACAGACCUUGGGCCAAGCCAGGGCUGGGGGCGGAAGCUGCUGUGACUCCUCAUUCUUCUUGGUGACACAGUAGGUGGAGCCCGUUGACACUUUGUUGCCUUUCUGGCCCUUGCAGACCAGAUCCCUGCUCUUCCUACACUCCUGUGCCUUCCAGGGAAACCCUCGCUACGCACAGCCAGGACUGGUGGGCUGGCUGGCUCCCCAUGCCCGCCUCUCCCUGCCCCACCCCUUCACUCACCACUCAGCCACCUUGAAACCAUUGGCUUCCAGGUCUGCUGCCAACGCUGGACCCUCACCACUGUGCUGCACCCAGGUGCCCUGGGUUCUAGAAGUAUCCACCGUGUACCUUGAGGCUCUUCCGUCCCUGGGCUGUGUGCCCUGCGUCCCUCUUCCCCCGCAAUUUGGUGCCAUAGGAAGGGCCCUCAUGUGUGCUGU